UUAUCGUUUUGUUCUUUUACUCAUUGGUCAUUACUCAUUAGCUGUUACUCGUUAGUUUCACAAGCUCUUCCGCAACUUUCAUGGCUAGAAUUUCAGCAUUUCCUCUCCUCACCAUCUUCAUCUUCAUUUCCUGCAUCACCGUUCAGGUCACUUAUGGUGAUGAAGAAUACGAGUUUGUGAAAGCAAUUGAUCCAAAAGUAGCACUAAAGAUGAAGAAAGAAAAGCUAAGCCUUUUCAGGUUCUACUGGCACGACAUCCUCAGUGGCAAAGCACCUACUUCAGUCAUGGUGGUGCCACCUCCGAAAACCAAUUCAUUCACUGCUUUUGGCCUGGUGAACAUGAUCGAUAAUCCGUUAACUGUCGGCCCGGAGCUCAGCUCAAAGUUGGUCGGGAGGGCUCAAGGGUUUUAUGCAUCAGCUUCACAGGAGGAAAUUGGCUUCUUGAUGACCAUGAACUUUGCUUUCACUGAAGGUAAGUAUAAUGGAAGCACCCUUACCGUGUUAGGGAGGAAUCCCGUGCUCAAAAAGGUGAGGGAGAUGCCGGUGGUCGGCGGAAGUGGGCUUUUCCGAUUUGCUAAUGGUUAUGCUCAGGCAUCAACCCACAACUUUGACCCCAAGACUGGUGAUGCUGUUGUUGAGUACAACAUCUAUGUUAUGCAUUAUUGAUGAUCGUGGGAUUGUUUUCCCUUUGAGAUCGGACUCUUUCCUUUGCUUUUGUUUUCUUUUUGUCUCUUGGUAUUUCUGCUAGAAAUUUUGUGGGGCAUAAUAUAUCCAACGAAUGUUGUACUCGUUUACUGUUCUAUGAGUAAUUUUUGUAGCUUCUACCAA